CAGAGCAACAUGCCUUCCACACAGUAUGUUGUUAGUUGUCUGGCAAAUAAGAUUUCUGAAGGGAGAGAAUCAAAACCGAACCAAAUGCCUGCUCUUUGGAAUGGCUGGAUCUUUAUAAAUAUCAGGAAUAGUUCCACCUCUGCGCUGGACAAGGUACUUCAAAGCAAAUAAGUGGCGAUCAAAUCCUUGACCUGGAUAAAAAAAGAGGCAGAUUCAUUGAAUAUAAAGAAGACAAGAUUGCUCAACAAGACAUGAACGGAAACUCCCCAGAGCAACCGCGAUUGCGACUAGGUGAAUGAAAGAGCCUCAGGAAAUGGAGGAAGAAUACAUUCAAACGGCUUUGGAUUUGUAAUGCAAGCAGCUUUUGUGGAGUUCCAAGGAAAUUUGCUUUCGUGCUUCUGGAUUUAAAAUCAUGUCUGUUCACAUUGUAGCCUUUGGUAAUGAAAGAGAUGGAUUUUCCGAGGAUGAUCAGCAGAAGAGUUUGAUCUGGACCUAUCUUGGGAGAAGUGCUUUAGUUUCAGAGACUGACAGUAAUUUGUUACUAAACUCUGCCAGUUACCUUAGAAAUCCUGCAUUCACCGAGUAUCAAGCUUGUGUGUUUGGAAAUGUCAGAUUGGUGGUACAUGACUGUCCUCUCUGGGAUAUUUUUGAAAGUGACUGGUACACAUCUCGGAACCUCAUUGGAGAAGCAGAUAUCAUUGUGAUUAAAUAUUCUGUAAAUGACAAGUCUUCAUUUCAAGAAGUAAAAGAUAUUUAUGCACCACUGAUAAAGAAAACACUUAGUCACUGUUCAGUUCCAGUUAUAAUUUCUGCUGUUGGUGCAAGACAAAACGAAGUCCCCUGCACUUGUCCUUUGUGUAUCUCAGACAGAGGUAGCUGUGUUACAGCUUCUGAAGGAAUUCAACUUGCUAAAGAACUAGGAGCCACUUACUUGGAACUGCAUAGCCUCAAUGAUUUUUACAUAGGAAAAUAUUUUGGUGGGGUGCUGGAAUAUUUUAUGAUACAAAGCUUGAAUCAGAAAUCAUCUGAAAAAAUGAAGAAAAGGAAGAAAAGCCAUAAAUGUCAUGGAGUUAAGCCACCUCAGCUUGAUCAGCCAGAAAAAAUGCCUAUCUUAAAAGGCGAAGCCUCACAUUAUGAUUCUGAUUUACAUAACUUGUUGUUCUGCUGCCAGUGUGUUGAUGUGAUAUUUUACUCUGAAGACUUGAAGGAGGUAGCAAAAGCACACAGGAUUGUUUUAUGCUCUAUUAGCCAUGUCUUCAUGUUGCUUUUUAAUGUGAAGAGCCCAACUGACAUUCAGGAUUCUUCUAUCAUUAGAACUGCUCAGUCUCUCUUUGCAGCCACUCAGGAAACUCUGUUUCCCAUAUUAAAACAUGGCACAUCAUGUGGUUCACCAGUAAGAGUCAUUGUUAAAGACUCAUUCUUCUGCUCUUGUUUGACAGAUAUUCUGCACUUCAUUUAUUCAGGUGCUUUCCAAUGGGACCUAUUGGAAGAGCACAUUAAAAAGAAACUGAAGAAUCUUGGGGAUGUUGAGCUUGUUCUUGAGAGAGUAAAAUGUAUCUUGAAAAUUCCAGGAAAGGUUAACGGUUCACAAAAUUAUAGAACGUAUUUGUCAAAAAGACCGCUACAGUUAUGUAACAGCUCUCUCAGACUUUUCUUUAACACAACAGUAUUAGCUGAUGUCAUGUUCAAAAUACAAGGUGCUACAGUACCAGCUCACAAAGCAGUCCUGGUGGCUCGCUGUGAAGUAAUGGCUGCUAUGUUUAAUGGCAACUAUAUUGAAUCAAAUAGUUUUUUGGUUCCAGUUUAUGGAAUUUCCAAAGAUACAUUUCUAUCUUUUUUAGAGUAUCUAUAUACAGACUCCUGUUGUCCAGCCAGCAUUCUGCAAGCCAUGUCACUUUUAAUAUGUGCUGAGAUGUACCAGGUUUCAAGGCUCCAGCACAUCUGUGAGCUUUAUAUAAUUACACAACUCCAGAGCAUGCCUAGUAGAGAAUUAACAUCUACGAGCCUGAGUGUGGUCAGCUUGCUUCAAAAAGCAAAAUUUCAUAACUCGGAUUGUCUUUCAAAUUGGCUGCUUCAUUUUAUUGCUUCUAAUUACUUAAUCUUCAGUCAGAAACCUGAGUUUGAAGAUCUUUCAGUGGAGGAACGCAAUUUCAUAGAGAUGCACAGAUGGCCUUCUAGUAUGUACCUGAGACAGCUUGCGGAGUACAGAAACUACAUUCAUUCUCGGAAAUGUCAUUGUCUAAUAAUGUAAAAUAAAAAAAUGAUCUUUAUUUAUGAAUGAUUGAAAGCUGUGCUUCAGAAAUCUUACAACUGAAAUUUGAUAUUUAGCUAAAAUGUUGCACUUGCUAAUGAAUAACUAUGGUACUGUUUAAAAGCAUGUGAAACAUAUUGUAACAUAUGUAUUUACUAAGAUGAAUUUCAGUUGUAUUGUAGGUCCGAUUCUAUACUAUUUUAAAUUUUUAGAGGAAUAUGUACUAAUUUGAAAUAUUUGUUAGCCUAUUAUGUAUCUAGGAUUCCAGGAGCUUGAAGGAGAGAUUCUGCAUUCAUUACUCACUUUUUUAAGCUAUUUCCUUUGAAGAUUUUAGUUAGUUAGUUAUGAGCUUUUAGAAAUUUUAUAUUUUGUAAAAACACAGAGCUUGUAAAAAGAAGAUUCUAUUUUGGAAUUUAAAAUGUACCUCAUCCCAAUCUGCAUCAAAUUUCUGGAAAAAAAAAAAUUAAACUUUCCCCUCACUGAGGAAUCUUGUAUAGUAAAAAAGUCCCAGUAUGGUUUUUCUAGGUAUUGUAAAACAAAAUUAGGUUUGAAAAAUAUUUUGGUAUUGUUUCCUGUAUAAUUGCAUAUAUAUAAAAGUCUUUUCUUAAGUUUCUUUUUUUGCAUAAAUAACCCAUUUACAGUAUUCUGACAAUAACAAUUUUAAAUUCUUCCCACCAGGUAGAUAAUAAUUUAACAAUCAUUUCACAAUUUUGAAAAAGUGUGUGUAAAUUCAAGCAGUGGCCUGUGUGUGUUUGUAUAUAUUUAAUUCAUCCCUGAAAGCUGUGCUAUAGUUUGUUUCCUAUAUUUAGUACGUGAGAGGCCAAGGGAAAAAGAAGGAAAUAUUAAAUUUAUAUACUCUGAUCAUAUGGAUCCAGACCUUUUAUGCUUUUGGGGCAUAAGCACACUAAUCCACUGAGUCCUUUCUAUAAUUCCCUUCUCAUUUAACUGAAUAAUUUAAUAAACUCAACUAGGGGCUGUGCUGCAUGUCCAUUUUCCCCAGACAUAUUUUAUCCAUUAAGGCAUUCUUGUCAAUUUUCCCAGAUAGGUCUGCGCUGUAUUUAAACAACGGGGCUGAUCUGGCCAAGUUUCUGAGGAUUUUGUACUUCCCAUUUUUGCGUAGGUGCACAUUAUUACUAAGAUUGUAGUAUUUUCUAUCUUUAUAUGUGGUUAAGUGUAUGUUUUACAACCCACAUAGACCUCCACAUUGUAUCCUCCAUAUGUACAAAGGUGGCAUUAGAAUGUCUCAAUGGUUAAUUGAAGCAACAUUUGAAUCAGGAACUGUCUGACCCAUAGCACACAUUUUCAGAGACAAUGUGCUGCUUCACCCACAUAUAUUACAAUGGCUCUUAUAAAUAAUGUUUUAUAUAAUGUUUUGUAUUCUUUUUAAAAUGCCAAGUAGGAUACUACAACUGAUUUAUUUCUACUAGUGUAUUUUUUUAUUAAGGAAACUUAAAAACAUUUUCAGCAUUUUUGUAUGACUGUAAGUUCCAUGGAAAUAGAUACAUUAAUAUCAAUUUAUAACCCAUUCCUUUGCUUUAAUUUAAAAAUGGUAAUAUAUUUUUAAAAACUAGUAUGAUAACAAUGAAAAUUCCCAUAUAACAAUGCCUAUUUGUUAAUAAGCAAUCACAAAGAUUCUGUGUACUAAAACAACCAUAAAUCACAAACUGAUUUGGUAUUUAAUUAAUGAUUUUAUCUAUAAAUCUAGGCAUAAUUUUUCAAACGACUCAAAUGUUUUAAGGUUAUGAUUUAGUGAAAAUGUUCCUUUUAUCUGAAAAUUGAUAAGUAUAAUUAUGACACAUUUCACCUCAAAAUAUUAACAUUCCAAUGCAGCAGUAGUAGACAAAGGUAAUUAUAGAUGGCAGUAUGAAGCGGAAAUAUUAAUUAGAAAAAAAUGAGAAUUAAAGAAUCCUGUUACAAGCCUAUAUAGGGACAGAAUGGGAAGCCACAUAUGGAGUACUUUAUGUUCAUGAAUUCUUACACAUAGAUAGGAAUACUGUAUUGUUGAACAUCUUUGAAUUCACCUGCAGAUAUGCAUAGCUAGUAACUAGUAACCUGCAAAUCCUUGGAUGGCAAUGGCAUGUUUUGCAAAGUAGCUCAUAAAAUGACAAGAGUAUUCAUAGUUCCUUUGGGCUGCACGUGCACUGCACUAUAAUCUCUUCUCAGAUUAUGACAGCUAUUCAUAGUCCUUCAAAUUCAUAGGAUUAAGUUGUAAUUUAUUAUAUUUCUUAAACACUUUAAUGAACAGUAUGUGAAAGAUAAUCUGCAGCAACGUCUACAUUUCUGAUAGCAUUAUAUUUAUUAAUACCCAAGAAUUGAUAAGUAGUAAUCUAUAUACAUCACAUAUUGAAUGCAUUCCUUUAAAAUCUAUUUUUAUAAGAAAAGCAUUUCUAUUUGCACACUGUUACUGUUUUUUAAUGAAUAAAUGUCAAUAUCAAGCCAGCAUGGAAGUUUACAGAGAUGCAACCUUAAAAUUGCAGUUAAAAUUGUUUGUUGAAAUUUAUCACAUGAAUGAUUGUGGCUUUGCUGCAAAAAAAAGCCCCUUUAUUUUGGCAUGUGUUGGGUAUGUAAUAAUUUUACAGGUUAACAGGUUCUUAAAUUCACAAUAUUUAAUUAUGCUAUUUAAUUCCUUGUAAUAUGACAUUUUUAUUAAGUGCUUAUUUCAUGUGACUAUCCAUUAAAUAGCUGCAGUCCAAACAC